GAAUCUUCUCUUUUUUCCCCAACAGAAAACAUGCAGGGAGGAGAGGAGGAGGAGAAAAGAAGCAACGCGUCGGAGGAGACAAGACAGAGAGGAAGCAGAGAAAGUUGGUAGAGGAGCGAGAGGGCGAGAGGAGAGGAGAGGGGUCGACCAGAUGGGAGGAAGGAAGGAAGGAAAUGAUUUCUAUGCGCGCUCAAGUGCGAGAUUAAAGGAUUCUGCAUAAAUAAACAAAUAUAUGAAUCAAAGCAUAUAAUAAAAGGGGGAAUUAUAGGCGCGCCACCGCGUUGCGUGGACGCGGACAAGACAGCGGCGGUGCGCGCUGAAACAGCCAAGUCCUGUCUUUCUCUCUCUCUGGAUUUUACUCCUCAUGUUCCUCAAACUCUCGGUGAGGUUCACUAACUUCUGAAGUCAGUGCCUGAAAAACUUUCCCUCGCCUCGGCCUUCCACCCAGCUUUCUCCCCGGCAAAGAAAAAAGAAUCUCCGGGCUGGAAGUGGAGGAAGGAAGAGCGUUUUGUUCCUUCCGAGGAGUCCAGUUCGCCGCAGCCGGGGUUUAGGCGUUGGCACCCGGGCAGGCAGUCCCUCGCCAUGGCCGGGGCCAAGCCGGGAGUCCACGCGCUGCAGCUCAAACCCGUGUCCGUCCACGAAGCGCUGAAGAAGGGGGGCAAAUUCAUCAAAUGGGACGAGGAGCCCAACAGUGGGCCUCCCACACUGGUAACCCUGAAAGUUGACCCAGAUGGCUUCUUCCUCUACUGGACUGGAGGUUCCAACCUGGAGGUGGAGAUUCUGGACAUCAGCAACAUCAGAGACACCAGAACAGGAAAGUACGCCAAACAACCAAAGGAACCGAAGCUGCGAGAGGUGCUGGGCUUUGGUAAGGGCGACAAUGUAGAAGGGAAACUGGUAACCGUCGUCCAUGGCAACGACCUGGUCAACAUCUCCUUCCUCAACUUCCAGGCCAUGCAGGAAGAUACAGCCAAGAUUUGGACUGAUGAGCUGUUCACUUUGGCCACAAACAUACUUUCCCAGAAUGCAUCACGGAACACCUUCCUCCUGAAAGCAUACACUAAGUUAAAGCUGCAGGUGAAUCAGGAUGGGAAGAUUCCAGUGAAGAAUAUUCUCAAGAUGUUUUCAGAUAAAAAGAGAGUGGAGACGGCUCUGGAGCAGUGCAUUCUCGUCAAUAACAGGUCAGAGGGAAUAAAGCCAGAUGAUUUCUCAUGGGAGGCCUUCCAGAAGUUUCUCGACAGCCUCUGUCUGCGGCCUGAGAUACAAAGCAUCUUUGAGGAAAGUGGCUCCAAAAGGAAACCGUUCAUCUCUCUGGACCAGCUCAUGGACUUCAUCAACCGCAGGCAGCGAGACUCCAGACUGAACGAGGUGCUGUACCCCCCGCUGAAAAGAGAGCAGGUCCGACAGAUCAUGGAGAAAUAUGAGACCAACACCAGCCAGUUGGAGAGGGACCAGAUCAGUUUACAGGCUUUCAGUCGGUACCUGGGGGGAGAGGAAAACAGCAUCGUUCCUCCGGAGAGGCUGGACAUCAUCGACGAUAUGAACCAACCGUUGUCUCACUACUUUAUCAACUCCUCACACAACACAUACCUCACAGUGGGUCAGCUGACUGGUCUAUCCUCAGUGGAGAUGUACAGGCAGGUGCUUCUGACCGGCUGUCGCUGCGUCGAGCUGGACUGCUGGAAGGGUCGACCGCAAGAUGAGGAGCCCUACAUCACCCACGGGUUCACCAUGACCACAGAGAUCCCCUUCAAGGAGGUGAUUGAAGCGAUAGCAGAGAGUGCGUUCAAGACCUCGCCGUACCCCGUCAUCCUUUCCUUUGAAAACCACGUGGAUUCAGCCAAGCAGCAGGCCAAGAUGGCAGAAUACUGCAGGACCAUCUUUGGAGACGCUCUGCUCAUUGAUCCACUGGAGAAAUAUCCGCUGGUCCCCGGUCAGGCUCUCCCAUCACCUCAGGAGAUGCUGGGGAAGAUUCUCAUUAAAAACAAGAAGAAGCACCACCACCACCGGCCCUCGAGUGGCGGCAGCAUACGACGCAGAGAGCUGGAGGAGCAGUCGUCGCCCCACAACGACUGUCCUCUGACAGACAUUGAGGGGAGCCAGCUCCUGUCCAACGGGGAGGAGAAGCUAGCUGAAAGGAUGGUCAAAGACUUGGAGCCUCGCAAAUCCCUUGGAGGUGAGGGAGAAAGCGAGGAGGAUGAGGAGGAUGAACCAGUGACAGAUCUGAAAAAGCCAAACACUGAUGAGGGUACAGCCAGCAGUGAGGUGAACGCCACCGAGGAGAUGUCAACUCUUGUCAACUACAUUGAACCUGUCAAAUUCAAGAGCUUCGAGGUGGCAACCAAGAGGAAGAAGUUCUUUGAGAUGUCAUCAUUUGUGGAGACCAAAGGCAUGGACACCCUGAAGAGCUCACCUAUUGAGUUCGUCGAGUACAAUAAGAACCAGCUGAGCCGAAUCUACCCUAAAGGCACGAGGGUGGACAGCUCCAACUACAUGCCUCAGCUCUUCUGGAACGUCGGUUGCCAGAUGGUGGCGCUUAACUUUCAGACUCUUGACCUUCCUAUGCAGCUCAACGUGGGGGUGUUUGAGUACAACGGCCGCAGCGGCUACCUGCUGAAACCAGAGUUCAUGAGGAGGACAGACAAACACUUUGACCCUUUUACGGAGAACAUAGUGGACGGGAUCGUCGCCAAUACAGUCAAAAUCAGGGUGAUCUCAGGCCAGUUUCUGACAGACAAAAAGGUGGGCGUGUAUGUGGAAGUGGACAUAUUCGGACUUCCCGCUGAUACAAAGAGGAAGUACAGAACCAAAACAUCCAAUGGGAACUCUCUGGACCCCGUGUGGGAUGAUGAAAUGUUUGUCUUCAAUAAGGUGGUCCUCCCCACCCUGGCCUCUCUGAGGAUAGCAGUGUUUGAAGAAAACGGCAAGUUCAUUGGCCACCGCAUCCUCCCUGUGUCGGCUAUUAGACCUGGCUACCACUACAUCAACCUGAAGACUGAGCUGAACCAGUCCCUGCUCCUGUCCUCCCUGCUGGUUUACACUGAGGCCCAGGACUACAUCCCCAAUGAACACCAGGAGUACGCAGAGGCUCUGACCAACCCCAUUAAGCAUAUCAGUCAGCUGCACAAGAGAGAGACACAGCUGGCUGUUCUCCUCGAGGACAACAGUGAGCAUGUCCCCGACCAGCCCAACAAUGGCGAGACCAAGAAAGAGAGUGACAUCAUUCCAGGAGUUCGACAUCCUUCCCCCUUCCACAACCCCCCUCCCUACCCAUUGGAUGAAGCCAGUGAGAUGAAAUUAGCCCCACCAGCACAAAGUCAGAAGGAGGACCUAAUAGCCGCUGUUCUGACAGACGUCCAGGUCCACUCUAUAGAGGAGCUGAAGCAGCAGAAGAGCUAUAUGAAGCUGCUGAAGAAACAGAGCAAAGAGCUCAAAGACAUGCGCAAGAAACACCUCAAGAAGGUGUGGCAGCUGAGUAAGGAGCAGAAGAAUCGGAGUAGCCAGCUUCAAUCUGACUCCCAGAGGAGACGCAGUAGGAUGGAGAAACAUCUCAAACUAAGCAUCAAGAAAAACGAGCCCCAGGAGCCGGUGCAGCGCGAGCUGACAGCGUUGGAUCAGGAGCUGGAGAAGCAGACGGUCCAGCUGAGGGAAUGGCAGAUGCAGGAGCUGCUGAAACUUCGACAAGAGCUUCACUCACUGGAGAGAGAGAAGCAACAAACACACCUACAAGAGGCCUUCCAGAAGUUAAAGGAGACGGCCUAUGAAUGCCAAGCAGUUCAGCUGAAGAAGCUCAAGGAACUGUGUGAGAAGGAGAAGAAAGAGCUCCAGAAGAUCCUGGACAGGAAGCGACAAAAUAGCAUCAGCGAAGCCAAGACCCGCGACAAAGACAAGGCUGAAACGGAGCUGAAUGAGAUCAACAGGAAACAUAUUCAAGAUUCUGUCGCCUUAAUCCGCGGGCUGGAGGAGGCUCAGAGCAGGAGACAAGAGAAGCUGAUAUUGAGGCAGCGGGAGUUGCUGCAGCACAUAGACGAGGAACUUCCCCUGCUGAAGGCUCAGUUGGAGAGGGAACUGGAGGAAGAGCAUCAGCGACUACCGGAAGAAAUCUGCCAACACCUACAGUUGGAGCUCCAGAACAAAGGUCUCCGACAGGACGCCCUGUUCUCGCCCUUCUCCAAUCACAGCAGCUCCAGCCCCAGCUCGGGGUCGGGCCCGCCGUCCAACUGCUCCACGCCCUCUUUCCCGUCAACGCCCAAUCGGAGCACCUGGAACAGGAGCAUGGACAAUAGCAUUGCCUCAUUGGCUGAUUCCACUUCCUCGUCCACUCCCGUCCUGUCAGAAGCAGAGAUGUCGUUCAGUUAAAAUUAUUUCUUGUAAAAAGGAAAAAACAUACAUUCAACUGGGGUUUAUAAUGAUUAAUAUGUGGGAUAGUAAUGAUAUAGAUUAUUUACUAAUUUUAUUCCUUUUUUUUAUUACAGACUGUUUUGUUCAUGUCUACAGAGCUAUAUUAUUUUUUAUUUUGCAGUUUUUGUCAGAUGACACAUGAUGAUUUCAUAAGAAUCAUAACCAAACAUUUGUUUUUACAUUUGUUUUUUUUACAUUUUUUUGUCCUUUCAUACCUUUUUCUUUGCAUCUUUUUCAUUUUGGUCUGGUCAGUAAGCUUUGGUACAGUCUUGUGACACCCCCAGCUUUCUGUUCACACCUACUUUCUGUUUGUAACAGCUUUAUCCUCUUUUUUGAUGCAAAGAUUCAAACUGUAGGGAGAUGAAGAGGGUCAGAAAAGGCCUUUGUCGAGGAAAGAAAUAUAAUUCUCACGACAAAUUUUUGAUAUUUUGUUUUUAGCAACAUUUGACCAGUGAUUUUACUGUCUGUGCUACAAUAAGUGCAAUAUAUUCCACUUUCCACAUGUAUGUUCCAGAAAUGAGCAUCGAGAGGGAAUAUGGAGGAAAAGAGGACUCAAUUGUUAACCUGAUUUUAAAAAAGGUUUCAGAUCUGAAGUUUUAACUGUAAUGUCAGUAGCUGACCAGUAAGUGGUGCUGCAGCCUCACUGUUUUUUUUUUUUUUUUUCCAGUUUGUGGUUUUUAGCUGCCCAUUCAUGUAGCCUGCUUAUCUUCAUAUACUGCACCUCGACACACACACACACACACACACACACACACACACACCUGCACCUGUCUCCAGGAUUUGCAUCAUUGAUUGGGAUAAAGUUUCUGGCCUUUAACCUCCAGUCAGAAUCCAAUCAAGGUUGCAGAAGGGAUGGUGAGCAGACAUCCGUCUAGCUAGAAAACGUGUGUGUGUGUGUGUGUGUGUGUGUGUGUGUGUGUGUGUGUGUGUGUGUGUGUGUGUGUGUGUGUGUGUGUGUGUGUGUGUGUGUGUGUGUGUGUAGGUUUCAGUGUAAAUGAGGAAGGGUUUAAGUGACAUAACACACUCUUGAUGCUCUAUUUUGCACUGAUUUAGCAUUUUUUGUGUGUGUGUGUGUGUGUGUGUGUGUGUGUGUGUGUGUGUCCAUGCGUCCAUGUGUGUUGGUGCAGAUAUUUUGCUACUUUGGCAGCCUACGGAGGGACACCACUGUAGGAGACAGUCUUCAGAUGAUGAUGUACAGCUGCACUGUGACAUUUUAAUGUAAAAAUGCCUUUUAAGUUUAAAUCACCAUUUGAAGAAAACACACCAGGGUUUUCCCUCCUCUUCUAAUUGAAACACUGAUUUACUCAAUUUGAGAAAUCAUUAUUGUGUAUUUUUAGCUAAGUCUGCAGUUUUCUGAUGCUUUAACUUCGCUGAAGUUUCAAAAUCUAAAGCAUUACCUCCUCUUGCCUUCAUGUGUAGUUCAGUUCUCUGCUUUCCAGAAUUGGCAUCAGACAGGAACAGCUUAUGUACGUUUUAUUUUACCUUUAAAACAUCCCACACCGCAUGUUAGAUUGAAAUACUGAAUGUAGCAUUUUGGUGCCCAAACUAAACGGUACUUUAAUUUAAACAGCGUCUGCAUCAAAGCUUCUUCGCUCUUUGUUUUCUUGCCGUUUUUUUUUUUUUUUUUAAACAGAAAAAUGUUGAUGUUUUUUUGUUCUUGUCUUGUCCACUUUGAGGGGUAAAAUGUUGGCACUCUGUAUGUUUAUUCUGUGUAUAUGUUUAGCUGUACGUGAAUUUUACUACUGACCACAAGUGCUGGAGAGACGGAGGAUGGGAGAGGUUGAGGAAAGUCGAGAGCUGUAGUGAGUCCUUUCUCGUCCUCUCCUGUCUCCCUCCUUCGAUGAGCACUGGCUGCCUGUCUGUCUGAUUAUCCCCCCUCACACACACACACACACACACACACACACACAUACACACAUACACACACACACACGCGCACACACACACACACACACCCAUACACACCCACACCUUUGUAAACUAUUAUCUAUUUAAAUUGAAUUUUAACAACUUUUUCUUUUGUGGUUAUUUAAUGUUGUGUUUAUUGAUGGAUGAAGGUUCAGGCUGCUUUAACAGUUUGCAGAGUGUAAAAGGUUUUCGCCCUUGCAAGUUCAAUGUGCAUUUAGUAUUUUGAUGUGCCUGAAAUCAUCAUGGAGAUACAUACAAUACAACAGGGUAUUUUAAGUUGGGCACCAUAAGGAAAGAAGCUUGAAUCCAAUAACAGUUAAUAAAUAGUUUAAUUGGUCAUUAAGAGGACAACAACGCCACCAUACACUUGCUGGGUUCUGCACUUUCUUGAAAUGAAUACACUGACCUCUUGAUCUCUGAUGAAACAGCCAUAGAUUACCAGCCUGUUCACCUCUGGCUGUCCUGCUCCCACCGUGCCACGCUGCAUACAGUAUGUAAAUGUUUUUGCUCACCUAUCUCAUUUUGGACACUAAUGUAUACACUGUGCUGCAGAGUCAGAGGAUGAGCAGUGGACUCGGAGGUGAAACUGCCUCCAGUCUUCUCAAACCCAAAGGUUUAUUUGCCAAAAAAAAGUCGACACAUUCCUCACAGGCUGUCUGCGUUUAGGGUCGAGCUGGUCCAAGCCAUUCCAGAUCUAGUGGCAAGUAUUCAAACUCACAUAUUCUGCUGUUUUUAAAGACGAGUUUGUUCGUUAUUACCACGUACUUAUUACCACAAGGGUUUUUUUUACUCUCAUUUUUGAGGUGAAAGAUCUUGUUUCAUCUUUCAGUUUUAAAUGUAUUUUUAAAUGCACUUGUACCACUAGUUGGUCACUGGAGGUCGAGUGCUUUUAGCAAGAGAGUCGUUGAGCGCAUUUUAAAUAUUCAACAAGGCACAAGGAAGGUUUUUAUUCUUUGCACUUUGAGCUUGGAUUUUUUGGUUCUUGUUUCAUUAGGGAAAGGUUUUUUUGAUACUGGAUGAUGAGAUAAAUAGGAUAAAACAUCUUCGCCAAAACCUGUGGUAACCUCUCCAUAAAUUUAACUGUUUAACUAAACUACUAAGUACCCUACCCUUGUCCAAUACAAUAACUGCACCUAUAGUACAGAUAGCCAGUAUUAGUGUUGUGUAGUGCAUCAGUUUCAGACCAUUUCCACAGGUGCUAAUGUGAUGAAAAGUCUGUUAGAAGACAAAAAGACGAACAUGACCAACCUUUAGAUAGUGUAAUAUAUAUAUUGCAUAUGAAAAAUACUCAAACCACAUGUAUUUCACAUUUAAAAAUGGCUUUUUCAAGUAACUCUUGACCUGUAGACUCUUACUCCACCAUACAGGUAUAUAUUCUUGGUUCUAGCUGUCAGUGGCUUUAAAUGUAGACAUACAGUCUUCGUAGGUCUGGAAAGAAUAAAGGUGCCAGCACAGUUUACAGGUGGAACUGCUGGAUAUGUUCAGAUGAACUGUAUGUAGCCUACCAGAGGUACUUUGUGGUCACUUGGUGACGGUCUAAUAUUGUUUCAUGUAAGUGGACUGCAAUAACAUUUUGGGAGUUUGACCUUUAAAAUGACAGAACUGUUAAUUAAUAUUAGACGUAAAACUGCACAAAUCAAAAUCUCUAUAUUGAUGAUGGAACAAAUGACUGUGUUAUAAUGAAAACCCCACAGAGAAUUAUCAACUUAAUAUGCAGACUUUGUCCUAAUGAGUUGGUGGAGACCAAAACAGAGCUAAAAGAUGAGUUACUAUUCUGCUCACGUGUUGUGGCUGAAAACAUGACUUCAAAUGAAUGCUAAUGUCACUGUGUCUGUUGGAUGUGGAUAUACAAUAUGCAAUUGUUGCUGAGCAGGAAAUAUCACCGGGAAAUUUGGAAUAAUAAGUUCUAGCUCUAGCAUUACUUAAACUACAUGCUAAAUGGUUAGCAUGUGCACUGAUGUAUUACUGUCCACCUGAGUUAAUUCAAACUCCCAAAAGGUCAAUAUAGCCACUGAGGCAAAAUUAUUGGACAUUAGCUUGUGAAUCAAUCUUUAAUGAUUUUCACUCCAAACCCAUGACACUAAUAAGGGCAGCUUUAGUUGUAUUUCCUUGAGUGCAUGUUCAGACGUUGGCCUGUGCUGCCAUGGCACACAGAGAGAGGAGAGAGAAGUCGGUAUGCUAACGCCGUUAGCUAGUUUCCUACCCACCAGAAGGAGCCUGGGGGUUGUUUCUUGUCAGCCAUGAGCUUUAACCUCUGUUAUUUCUGUCCUGUUUAUGUUGAAAACACACAUUUAAACAGCCACGCACAACAUCAUACUCUGACACAAACACAGCAGUGUACCAUUAGACACCAGGCUCACUUCAGCAUCAUGCACACGAGCUCUCCUUGACUUUACUCUUAUUAGACAUUUGGUGUGACUAGUCUCCCCCGGGCCCACCCUGAGGCCUCUGGCUGUCAUGUCUUCUCUCCCUCUUUUUUCUCCCUCUUUCUUCCCCACUGUCCCAUUUCCUUGCCUCCAGUUUCACCCAAUAAUGAGCCCAUCUUUUACUGUUGGACUAGUUAAAUAAAUAAAAAGCAGCAGCCGUGUUUGUACACUUCAGAUAGUGAAGACAGCAUGCGAUAUACAUUAGAAAAGGUAUGUAGUGACAUUUGUUGACACUGUAUCUGUAGAAUAUAUGAUUGUUGGAUACAAAGGGAAUACUAUACAAUGAUCCAGAUGUAAUAUUUUAUUGUUCCUUCAUAAUUAAUAUAAGUAUAUGAGUGAAAAUUCAGUAAUAAACUUCCAACAUCCUCUUUCAGUGCUGAAA